GAGAAGCUACGAGAGAGGCGACCCUAUACCAUGGCCUCGCACCCCGUCCAUGGACUGCCGUUCCUUCCCGGGAACACCUACCGCGACCCGAGCAAAUCGUCCUUCCACGUGUCUCAGACGCUGACCUAUCAGAAUGGAUUUACUCGCCCGCUGCUCCCAACGGUGGGGCUCGGACGUGACCCCAUCACGGUGAACCAGCUGUCACAGGCUGAACUGGAUGAGCUGGCCAAUAAGAGACCAACGCUGACCUAUGGCCAAGCAAAGCAAGCCCCGCCUUCUUCCUUCAUCCCGACACACGUGGCAUUUGAUAAGAAGGUGUUGAAGUUUGAUGCGUACUUCCAGGAGACCGUCCCCAUCUCCCAGGAGGAGCACUACAGGGUGCGCAGAGUGUGUAUGUACUACUACCUGGAAGAUGACAGCAUAUCGGUGGUGGAGCCCCUGGUGGAGAACUCCGGAAUACCUCAGGGAGCAUUCAUCAAGCGUCAGAGGCACCCCAAGAACGACAACGGCGAUCCCUAUCACUGGAAGGACCUCAACGUGGGGAUCAACGUCACGUUGUAUGGAAGGACCUUCCAUAUUGUCAGCUGUGACCCAUUCACAAAGGAUUUCUUCGAAAGUGAAGGUAUUGAAGUGAACCCCACAGAAGGAAUCCCUGCUGAUCCCUACACCGAGCUCCGCAAACAGCCCCAACACACCUACACCACUCCGUCUGAUUUCGACAGACUCAAGCAGUUCCUAACCAUGGACCGCAAGGUGCUGAGGUUCUUCUCUCUGUGGGAUGACUCUGACAGCAUGUUUGGGGAGACGCUCCCCGUCAUCAUACAUUACUACCUCAUGGAUGACACGGUGGAGGUCAGAGAGGUCCAUGAAAGGAACGAUGGAAGAGAUCCCUUCCCUGUGCUGAUGAAGAGGCAACGUCUACCGAAGGCCAUUAAAGAUAUAAAAGACACCUUCCCCAAAUGUGUCCUGGAGAUCUCACCUCAGGAGGUGGCCAAGUGGUACUCGCCCCGAGAUUUCAUGGUGGGAAGUCACGUCACAAUCCUGGGGCGUAAGUUCUUCCUGUAUGACUGCGAUGCUUACACUCAAGACUUCUACCGGGAGAACCUGGGGGUCUCAGGCCUGACAUCGGUCAAUGUGGAGAAGAAGGCGAACGAAGAAGUGAAACAGGAGAUCCCACCUUACAAUGGUUUCGGCCUGCUGGAGGACUCUCUUCAGAACUGUCUGACUCUGAUUCCUAAGCCGCCCAAGAAAGACGUGAUGAAAAUGUUGGAGAACGACCACAAAGUCCUGAGAUACGAAGCCAGACUGGACUCAAUGAACCCUGAAGAAAAAACGAGACGUUUCAUCCUGUCUUACUUCCUCUCCAAUGACAUGAUCAGCAUCUUCGAGCCUCAGGUCCGCAAUUCUGGGAUUAUUGGAGGGAAAUUUCUAGAAAGGACCAGAGUCCCCAAACCAGGUUCUUCUAUCGAUAAUCCCAACUACUAUGAGCCGGCAGACUUCAAAAUUGGCUCCGUGGUGGAAGUUUUCCGGCACAGGUUCAUCAUCACUGACACAGAUGAGUAUGUAUUGAACUACAUAGGGGCUCACAAAGACCAGUAUCCCUGCGAAGUGCUGAAUUCACUGGAGAGUCACUUCCAUUGCCGUCCACAAGAGGGAGACAGAGUACUAAGUGAGUCACCGGGGCCGGAGAAAGUAACAGCCGGCUUCUCACCGAGAACACCGGGCCGCAUUUAUUACACUGUCCGGAAGGAGAUCUGGCUCUUGGUGCCGGCUGAGAACAACAAGCGCCUCCAUUAUAUUCUCGCAGAGCAGCAUGGGAAAAGGAGACGGAGAGCGUGA